AUGAGGGCUUGCUCGGCGACAUUAGUCCUUACGUUGCUUCUGCUUAUUGUUAGAAGAUCUGACGAAGCUGAAGAAAAAGAGUAAGAUUUAUUUCUUAUAGGUAGUCAGGCUCUAUAUAAAAAUAUUAUUAAGAUAAUUUUGGCUUAUACUUUGCCUUUCAGGGUCAAGAGCGAGUACUGGUAAAAUGUCCCUUGAAACCAAAUUUCAAUCCAGUCUUCUCUAGCAGUACUUUCAUGGAUUAUUUUGCUAAGAUUACUGAAGGAAAUUUAAUUAUUCGCUGAUUUUCUAUCUGUUCUAUUUUUUCUGUCGUGUGCUACAGUCCGUGUCGAAUGUUUCAAAUGAAUUUUGAAGAACAGCAAAAUGGGGCUAUGAUUAUACGACGACUAUUCGGCAUGCUGUUUGUGUUCAAAACAGUGGUGAUAGAGGAAAUUAAUAUGGGUAUAUUCAUAGCAUAAAAAAUCUAGAGGAAAGAGUUAUUUCUGUCGCGCCUUGUCAUUCUCUGUUUUCGCAAAAGAAAAAAUAAUCUGCUCAGGUCUUUUAAUUGACGAAAAGAAAGCAUAAUGUAAUUAUUGAUUUUGAAGUAAAAUGACGCCAGUUCGUUUUUAAAUAAUCCGAUGAAAUGAUCUCUUUCAUGCUGUUAAGUAGAUGGCAUUGUUAGCAGAAUAGAGUUGUUUUCAACGAAAAAAGACAGAAUAUCUUAUGUGACUUAAGACUUCAAAACGUUUUGGCCGAAAAGAGAAAAAAUGCCAAAUUUAUCAAAGAAAAUUGUGACAAUAUUGAUCUUGCUCUAUGAUCUGAAUAUAAGGUCAAAAAAGGUAAGCGGAGAGUGCCAACUUUAAGCCGUUUUACUAUGCGGAUCAGUCUUUGAUUAAAUAUGUUUUUACUUCUUUCAAAUAACUACGAAAAUUGAAAAGGAUAAACAUUUUGUGGAAGGUUGACCGCGUUAUGGCCAUCAGACGGGAGGUCAGAGAAAUAUGAUAUCACAAAGUAAUUUAUUAUACUUUAAAAAAUUGCAGUUCAUUUAUUUGAUUGGUUCCUUAUGUGGGCAAAAUAUAAUAUUAUCUACUAGUAUUUUCUUCCUAAACAUCUACCUAUCUUCGCCAAUUGAGAAAAUACGAGAAAAAAUGAAAACUGACCUCAAUGCACUUUUCUUGGAAGCCUUUUGUACUAAUUUGACUUUCUAUCUGCGCCGUAUUAUAAUCAGAUAGUCUCUCUCUUCAUUAUAGAGCACUGAAAGACUAUGCUAAAUCCAUGGAGCGGGCCUUAAAACUUUCACAGAAAAUAAAUGAAGCUUUAGCAGUACAUGACAAGAAGGUGCGACCAAACGCAGGAGGUAAGAACAGCUUGUAAUUAGUAUAGAGUUCACUGUCCUUUCAACUAGAUAACGAUGAAAAUAUCUGCGCGUCACAACCGUUCAUCAACUCCGUUAAGCUACUCUUGAGGUAGAAUUUUAUGUUCUACGAUUUAUUUUUCGAUUCUCGUUGUCACAGCUUCGAUAUUCUAUAGAUGAAGGAGGAGAGAAAUAUACAGAAGGUGCUGAUCCCAAAAGACAUGGUAUAUUUGCUUGCGAAUAGGAUUUUUAGGGGAAAGCAUAAACAAACGUUCAGUCUACAAGGGGAUAAAAUGAAAAAACGUACAUUUCGUGUAUAUGAUUUCUCUCACAGGUCCACCAGUUAUGGUUGAUGUAGAAUUCAAAAUUAUCUCGAUUGGAGAAAUUAAAGAAGCUCAGAUGGUAAGAGGCACUCAUAGAUUUGAUUCAGUUUACACAAUGUCGCGCGAUACUUACCCCUCUUCUUCGUAAGUUCGAAGGCAACCUUUAAAACAGCUACUUUCUUAAAUUGUCAUAAUUAUCAUCAUCAUAACUGUUAUUAUCAUUUUUUUUAUGGAAGACUUUAUUGUAAAAUUAUCGUCUUUCAUAAAGUGCAAUUACGAGCCCAAUAGCUUAACAUUUAUUCUAUGUAUAAAAGCAGAAAAAGAAAACAAUAAGUUUACGAAUAAAAUCAAGAAUAAAAUAAUAACAAUCAAUGAUAACAAUUUUUUUAACAACAAAACGGUCUUAUCUAGGAUUAAUAUACGCGGAUUAUUAUUAUUAUUAUCUAUUAUUAUUGGCCCUUAUAGUUGGAUAACAAAUAUCAUUAAAUUGAAUUGAUUGCUGAGUGUGAGGUCAGCUUAAUCUAUUAAUCGUGACCUUUUACCUAUAAAGGAAUACACAAUGGAUAUAUUCUUCCGUCAAUGGUGGACUGACCCAAGAAUGGCACAUAAUAUGAGCACGCCUUUCAAUAUGGCAGGAGACGCAACUCAAAUGAUCUGGACACCAGAUACGUUUUUCUGGAAUGUAAAAGCAGCAAAAUAUCACAGGGUAACGAGAGAAAACAUGAGAAUAAAAAUACAUGGAGAUGGCAAAGUCUACUUCAGUACAAGGUAAAGUGACCGGUGAUGCACAUACAUGUAAAAAACUAUUGCAAAUGUUUAUCAUAAUUAUUACUAUUUUGCAACCACAACACACCAAGUAACUAAUAAAACAAGCAUGUGCCUUUCCAGAGCUAUUGGGCUGGUUUCUAGAUAAGUGGGAUUUUAGGCAAUCGGAAACGGAGAAAUAUUUUUGAUUGACUAAUAAUACUGAUUCAUACUUGGUUCCGAAGCUCAGGGAUUAAAAAAUAGAGAGAUUUGUACCACGUGGUCAAGUAUAUCCUAAAGAAAAUAUCCGUUUAAAAGUCAAAUUGAGUCACCCUCGAGUGGACACAAAAAGUCUCAAAAAUGUUUUACAAGAUUUUCAUGGGAAAAUGUUGUGUUGCUUUCCUCCUGUGUGGUUAUUUUCCUGAUCUAAACCUGCAAAUGAUUUCUUUAUGAGUGAAGAAUGAACAAGUUCCGCCGCCUAUGCCUGAAAGCCAAGGAUUGGCCCGGUUGAGGUCAAACAAACAAAUAAACAAACUCGGGAACCCUGCCCGCCCAUUAAUUAUUAUUAAUAAGAGUUACAUGAGUGACAGCUCUUAAGGAUGUCAGUUCCUAGAGGUUCUCAAUGUCCACUUUUCUCACCUGGUUCUUAAAAGAAGCAAGUGUUGCAGAACUCUUAAUAAGCAUACUUAGUUUGGACCAUAUUACAGGACCAACAUAUCUAAUACUGUGUUUCCCAUAGAUGGGGGUAUUUAUUCUUGCAAUCAAAAAAUCGUCUGAAUUUGUCAGGUUAUAACUCAUUUCGGUUGUUUAGGGUGACUCGACUGGAUUUUUCAGGGAGUAUACUUCCCCUCUUUGAGCGUUUACCACGUCGGCAUUAACGAAGAUAAGUCAAAAAGGUUACCAAAGCCGCACUGUAUAAAGAUAUAAGUUCGAUAUUUUUAUAUAUUGGCCAUCAAUCUCUAGGUUGAAUUUAGGUUUGACAUAUAUUCCGUUCUUUUUAGGAUUACUUUUACAGCGCAAUGUGAUAUGAAUCUUCGCAUGUACCCAAUGGACAUUCAAGUUUGCCCUUUAACUAUAGAGAGUUGUAAGUACAGUCUCUCUCUCCUUAUAACCCUGGAUUUAUCAUGUUUUCAGUCAGAUUUGUCCUAAAGGAUUUUUUUAAAGUAAUAACUGUCUGAAGUGAAAGUUACUGAAGUCGUUUGGUGAGCCAAUACUUUGCUUCCUGAUCGUUUAAAGUACGUUGACCGGCUUUUAAUUGUUUGUCUCAAAUGACACUCCUGUUAUUAUUUACUAAUUUUUUCUCACGUAACAAUUGCAAGCUUGGGAAUGAGAACCAAUAGCGUCUUUUUAAAAAGUCGACAGUCAAAUUGUAAACACGAUGAAAUCUAAAAACAGACCGCAAGUCGACUACGCNCAGGUUAUAACUCAUUUCGGUUGUUUAGGGUGACUCGACUGGAUUUUUCAGGGAGUAUACUUCCCCUCUUUGAGCGUUUACCACGUCGGCAUUAACGAAGAUAAGUCAAAAAGGUUACCAAAGCCGCACUGUAUAAAGAUAUAAGUUCGAUAUUUUUAUAUAUUGGCCAUCAAUCUCUAGGUUGAAUUUAGGUUUGACAUAUAUUCCGUUCUUUUUAGGAUUACUUUUACAGCGCAAUGUGAUAUGAAUCUUCGCAUGUACCCAAUGGACAUUCAAGUUUGCCCUUUAACUAUAGAGAGUUGUAAGUACAGUCUCUCUCUCCUUAUAACCCUGGAUUUAUCAUGUUUUCAGUCAGAUUUGUCCUAAAGGAUUUUUUUAAAGUAAUAACUGUCUGAAGUGAAAGUUACUGAAGUCGUUUGGUGAGCCAAUACUUUGCUUCCUGAUCGUUUAAAGUACGUUGACCGGCUUUUAAUUGUUUGUCUCAAAUGACACUCCUGUUAUUAUUUACUAAUUUUUUCUCACGUAACAAUUGCAAGCUUGGGAAUGAGAACCAAUAGCGUCUUUUUAAAAAGUCGACAGUCAAAUUGUAAACACGAUGAAAUCUAAAAACAGACCGCAAGUCGACUACGCUGUGACACUAAUACUUGGGAUGGAUCGACAUUCCAACUUCAACUUCAACUUUAUUUACACUUUUCAGAUGAAUUUAUCUUACACAUACAGAAAAUAUUAAUAAUUUUCUUACAGAAAUGUACUAUUCAAAUAUUAUAAACGGAAAAUCUAGAGAGGAUGGCACAGGGGCCAAAGGGGCCGAGGCUUUCGAGUUGGCCACUGUCAUGUUAGAAAUACUAAAUCAGAAAAAGCCAAGAUUUAUAUUCGUUAAGAUAAACAGGGAAACAUUAUUAGCACAAUCUACAGUAAAUAUUAUACUAAGGGCCUGUUUACAUGGUGGUGGGAGACCCCAGGCAGGUAAGGUAACCGGCUUAGGUGGGGUAACCCAGCUGUCCAUAUAAUCUCUCAUUUUAAUUUGAUCUCGUUUACAUGAUAAGUGGGGUAACCCGCCACAUGUUACCUCACCUAUUCGGGGUCCCCCACCUCCAUGUAAACAAGCCCUAACUGAAGCAUAGCUUAACCUGGGCGCUCAUUCACGCGCUAAUUCAUUCCGUGCGAUGGGCUCCUCAUUAUUUUAGUGACAAAGAGUCUCUUCCACGUUUCAGAUGCACAUACCACAGAAGAUGUUGAUUACCGAUGGAAAGGAGGCAAGUCACAGGGUGUUGAGAUUGUCUCCAAGGAAAUGGCUCAGUUUGAAUUUGUGGGAGCCAAAACGUCGACUAAGGCAAACACCAACAGUAAAGGUAAGCAAUUUUAAUCAGUUAAGAUAAUAAAAAUUUGUGACAUAUUCGUUUAAUAUGUCAUUUGACGGUUCAUUUUUAAAAUUUGAUUUUACGGACUUUAAAGUGAUAUUCUGUACAUAGCUGUACAUGCACAGACUAGAGUUUGUCUUUUUUGUCUGUAAAUUAAGGGUCUUUUGCCAGUCUGCAAGCAUUUUUCACCUUCAAGCGUCGUGUGUCGUACUUCAUUACCGCCACCUAUAUGCCAGCAGUGGUGCUUGUAAUCCUAAGUUGGUGUUGCUUUUGGAUCCAUCGUUCUGCUGUUCCGGCACGAGUAACUCUCUCCAUAACAACUAUUCUAACUACCAUUUUGCUGUAUGGCUCGGUCAACUCCAAUAUGCCCAAGGUAAUUUUACUGAAAUAACAAACAGGAACAUUUAGGCAGAUACUGCAAUGAAAGAUAAGCAUUUCGAAAAAAAUAACACAAUCAGUUUGAUAGAAACCAAUAUCGCAGGUCUGUACCCAAAGACAAAAUUUCUUAGCCCUCAGUUCUUGCUUCCACUGUUAUUUCAGGGUAUUCGUCUCCUGGAAAUCCGAAGUACACGACCAUCACUUCCAUCGAGGCUCAUUUCCAUAGCCAUGUAUUUUUCUAGCUAUCUACACACACUUUAAACAAUAGAAGAGUAACACGAUCUGGUGGCGUCCUAUACGCAGUGUUAGCUCCCCAAGUAAAUUCGAAGAGUGUGCAAAGUAGUCAAAGUAGCCCUUUCUUCAAGACCUUUGUUUGUCUCUAAUUAGACAUUUUAAAAUUGUGGCCUUUUAUUAUAUAGCUUGAAAUUUUACUCUUUUAUGAGUUACUUCCCACCAAAAGUCGCUAAGAGGGGCAAAGUAAAGCAUUGCAGAUUUGCGUUAAUAAAAUUGUUCACAUACUGAGAAAUUUUCUUUCGUGGGAUAACAGUUUAUUUUUAAACCAACUGGGCCUCGAGAAACUUGCUAAUUUUUUCGUCCGAGAAUUUCUAUGUUUUCUCGAGGGACCAGCCGUUACAGUUAACUUUAUAUUUAACGCACUGUGACAAGAAAAAAUAUUUUUAAGAGAACAGUAAAGUUUAUUGUUUUUACAAAAGAAUAAUUUGACAAGCUUAGUAGGCACAAACAGAAGGUAAAAUAUGCCGUUUCAGAAGUAUAACAUGGUGUUUAAGGUUAUAACUUUGAAGCGGUCACUGAUUUUUCUAAAGUCAACAUCACUUUAAAUAACAAUAUCAUGGCCGCCUACAACAAUACUCCCAGCGUCCUUUGUGGAGUAUAGGUUCUAAUGAUGUACAAAAUUAUGCAAGCACUACAGUUUCGUCUUGUUGCUUCUUUUCUUUAGCUCUGUGCUUAUUAUCUUGGCUUACUUGUGUGGCAUAACGAUGCUUGCAUAAACGCUAAGAUUAUAAACUUCGUUAAUAAACUUAAUACGUCGUAUUAGUGAAAACAAGCCUUAAUACUAAUGGCUUAAAUUUGGCUUUUUGGUAGGUCAGUUACAGUAAAGCUAUCGAUUACUUCCUGAUGACGUCGCUGGGUUUUAUAUUUAUGGCACUAUUGGAAUACAUCCUUGUGCUUAACACGGAUCCACGUUUCUGUACACAAAGACGAAAAGAAGAAAGAGAUGAAAAGAUGAAGUCAUUAUACAAGGUAAGGUGUCGAUUCUUUGAGCUCUUUUCAGGCAAAAGAGCGUAGGCUUCGCUACAUAAUUCCCAAAAUAUGGCCUAAAAUUAUUUCCAGAAUUUCCGGAAAAAGCUCUAAAAUUAUUUUCGAAAUGUCUUAAAUUCUCCAAAAACUCUCUAAAAUUCCCAAAAAUUCACAAAAAUGUCGGCUUUUUUGAUAGCGAGGGCCCUUUUUGAUGAAUAACCGCUGCUAAGCUGUAGUGUAGACGACUCUGACGAAAAACACUGAUUAGUUGUGCUCAUUGGACAGUACGCUAGACACUGCUGUAGCAUUUAAGCGGACUGCGCCCUUGGACGGUAAGAAUACAACAAAAAACGUUUUGUUAACGUUUUUGCUUUGAAAUUGCCAAAAUGUGGGAUGGACUGUUCAAAUUGCUCUAAAAUCCUUGAAUUUGUCGAUUUUUUCCCUGAAAUUCCCGAGAAUUUCUAAAAUUCUUUUUGAUGUCUAAAAUUCCAAAACAAAUUUCCGAAAUUAUGUUGCUAAGCCUAAAAGAGCGUUUCCACAUGACGUCACGGCGGCCAUUUUGGUGCUCUAAAAUAAUGACACGGCGGCCAUGUUGGUGUCCAAAUCAAAUCCUGUGGAAGUUUAAAAACUCUUUUACGAUGCAAAGCUUUCCUUUUUUCCUAUAAAUUUUGCAUAGAUGCCUGCCACGUUAGAGAACCGCUCUCAGUGUAAACACUUAAAUAAAAACGAAGUUCCUCAUUUAAGACCUUUUUGCAGCCACUAAAGCAGUCAACAUAAAUGUAUUAAAUUUUAGUUGUAAAAAUGAGUAAUAGAUGUUUAUUUGGUCCCAAAGACAUAAAGCAUAACGUAGUCUUGGUUUGAUUAGCUUGCUUACUGAUACCUUUUUUUUGUCAGUUUGUUUCAAUCCCGUUAACCAAUGAUAGAUAUCUGACACAAACGCUAUUUUGGCAACCAGUAAUUUUUUUACUAUUAUUAUUAAAAAAGUAGUUUAGGAAAAUAUUUAAUUGAUUCUAUCAUUUCUAGGAGAUUCCUCCCGACACCCUUGUAGGCUUAAUGGAUGGAAAGAACAAACCAGAUGAACUUCCCAUGAUGCCCUUAAACGGAGACAGCAAGAUGAUUGACAAGGAGCCGCCCAAGACGCCGGAAAAUAUUAAGAAUCACUGGAUCGACUGCGUAUCCAGAGUUCUUUUUCCAGUGAUUUACUUCUCAUUUAUAAUUUUUUACUGGAUAUACUACAUAAAUCACCCUGAUUCUGCGCUCAGUAACAAAGUACAGGAAUAACGUUUACGCUUAACAAGACCUGGG